AACAGCUGCUGUGUUGUUGCUGAUCCUGAGGAUUUGACAAGAAUCACGACUUACUAAUUACAGAUGAGUGGACCCAAUUUCCAGGAAAGUGAAGUGCGAAUCGCACACUCUCUGAAUAAGAAUGAGGAGGAGUUUGUAGCUAAAAGGAGAAAAGAUGUUCUGCAAAGCCUGGAGAAAAUCGGCAUAAGCUGCAAUCAGGAAAAUGUGCCAAACAUUGCAUUACUGGGUUCUGGAGGAGGACAAAGAGCCAUGGUGGGAUUGCUGGGAUGCCUGGAUCAGCUUGAUAAAGCAGGUCUUCUGGACUGUGUGCUCUAUCUGAGCGGAGUCUCUGGAUCCACCUGGUGCAUGGCCUCCUUAUAUCAGGAACCAGACUGGUCCACUAAACUACAGACGGUCAAAGACAGAAUCAUCAGCAGAAUCAGCGGUCCUGCAGUCAGCUGGAAAGAUGCACAUAACAAACUGUUGAAAUAUUUCAGUGAGAAAGACUACUUCAGCUUGACUGACGUCUGGGCAGUGCUGGCCGUCACAACAUUUGUGAAAGAGAUGGAUGAGAGCACACUCAGUGAUCAGCAGGAGCAGCACAAGAAAGACCCGCUUCCCAUCUACACAGUGAUCGACAAGCAAUGCAAAGAUGGAGACCCCUGGUUCGAGAUCACUCCAUAUGAAGCAGGUUAUUCCCUCACUGGAGCAUUUGUGGACACUCCCAGCUUCGGCAGCCAGUUUGAGAACGGCCGUAAGGUCAAACCUCAGCCUGAAGUGGACAUGCUGUACCUGCAAAGUCUUUGUGGCAGUGCUUUAGGUGACAGACAAAUGAUUCACAGCUUCAUCUUGGGAAAAAUACAAGAGUUCUUUACACAAUCAACACCUGCUGAGGAAACCAAAAAGGAUCCAAACACACCACCAGAAGACCAGUGUUCUCAGGUGCUGACGGAUCUUACCGACAUGAAUAUCUGUGUGUUGAAAGGCCAGGAUCCUACUCCUCUUGACGAAUCCAUCAGAACAAAGCUGACUGAGCUCUCUGGAGAUGAACAACAGCUCAUAUCUCAAGUGAAAAAAGUGAAUAUCCGUGAUAAAAGAGAAGCAGAACCAGAAAUCAAUCAAUACACAGAGGAUGUGUGCGACUUCAUGUGUAAAUUGAAGCUAAGCUUGCCUCUAGGCACUCGGAUGCGGAUGGCUAUUUCUAAAUGCAUGGCUCAAUGGAUCUGGGGCAGGAAUUAUGACUUUCUCCACAACAUGAAACAUGAAGAGGUGCCUACUGCUCUUCUGAAAAGUGACACCAGAGACUAUGAAGAUGCCGGGCUGUUGCUGAACUCACCCUACUUCUCGGUGCUGAGAAAAGAAAGAAACGUUGACCUCAUCAUUUCUCUGGAUUUCAGCGAAGGCGAUCCUUUCAUGACAGUGAGAGACGCUGCUGAAACCUGCGGAAAACUAAACAUCCCUUUCCCUCAAGUCAACAUUACUGCUGAGGACGUCAAGAAACCGAAGGACUUCUAUGUGUUCAAAGGCCAAAACACUCCAACAGUGAUUCACAUCCCUCUCUUUAAUGUGGUCAACUGUGGAGAUCAACUUGAGGAUUGGAGGAGCAAAUAUGCCACCUUCCAACAAGCUUUCAGUGCUGAGAUGAUCACUGACCUAAUGAACGUCGCUGGAAAAAACAUCUUGAACAACAGAGAGAGACUGAUGGAGGAGAUUCGUGCAGUCAUUGUGUAAAAAUGACACGAUGAUCUGAACAUCAGUGGAGUUUUCUCAUAUAAGGAUCCAAAGUGUUCAAUGUUUGAUUUUUCCAAUGCAAAUUCACGUUACAGUUACCCUAAUGUUGUCAUUGGUGUGUAUUUAUUCCAAAACUAUAAGAGUGAAAUUUCAUAUUUACUGAUGUUCAACCAGCAGCUGUGCAGUCAAUGUGUUAUCAAAGAGAGCUGUUGACUUUCCUUUUACUUAGUCUUCUUCUUAUUAAAGGGACAAUUCAUCCAAAGAUGACAUUCUGUCAUCAUUUUCUCACCCUUGACCUGUUUUAAAUCAGUUUAGUGAUCAGUCACGUCUUCUGUUGAUCACAAUAAUAUUUUGAAGAAAACUGAAACCCUGUAACCGCUGAAAUUCAUGAUAAAAAAAAGCAAAUGCUUUGUAUUUCAAUGGUUACUGGAUUCAAAAAUCCUUCAAAAUAUCUUUCUUUAUAUUUAAAAGAAGAUAAAAACUCAAAUUGGUUUGGAGAAGAGUGAUUUAAUUUUUAAUUUUGGGUGGAUCGUAGUUUUGGCUAUCCCUUUAAAGGAUGGGUCUCAAACUGAAAUUGUCGGGGGGCAUAUCAGUGACUGACAAU